CCUUCCCUCUAUCCAUCAACAGCAGCCAUGUCCGCCAAAUUCCAAGAUGAGGCCGUCACCUCCCUGCGGCAAGACACAAAAGAGUUGGUGCACAAAGUCGGGGAACGACUGACUGGCGGGGGCUAUCUCAACCUUUACCUCCGCCAACUGCAGCAAAACCCCCUGCGCACCAAGAUGUUGACGUCCGGCGUGCUGUCUGGUCUGCAGGAGAUCCUGGCGUCAUGGAUCGCGCACGAUGUCAGCAAGAACGGCCACUACCUCAGCCCGCGGGUGCCCAAGAUGGUGCUGUACGGCAUGUUCAUCAGCGCCCCGCUGGGCCACUUCCUGAUCGGGAUCCUCCAAAAGGUGUUCGCUGGCCGGACGAGCCUGAAGGCCAAGGUGCUGCAGAUUCUGGCCAGCAACUUGCUCGUCUCCCCCGUCCAAAACGCCGUGUACCUGACCAGCAUGGCGGUCAUUGCCGGCGCGCGCACCAUUCACCAGGUCCGCGCCACCGUGCGGGCGGGCUUCAUGCCCGUCAUGAAGGUCAGCUGGGUGACCUCGCCCAUCGCGCUGGCCUUUGCGCAGAAGUUCCUGCCGGAGCACACCUGGGUGCCGUUCUUCAACAUCGUCGGGUUCGUCAUUGGAACCUACGUCAACACCCACACGAAGAAGAAGCGUCUCGAAGCGCUCCGGAAGCGUUACGACCAGCGUCGUGGGCCCGGCAGCGAGUACGACAAGGGCGACUACCGGUAAAUACUGUACAUACAAAAUCCCCACCCUCAUGACCAUCGCUGGUCGAUUGAGGGCAAUGCGGCCAAUAUACCCAUGACGACUGAGCCUAGCCAACGACCAUCUCCCUUUCCACCUAUGCCAUCUAACUAUACCACCCAGUCUAUGCCCCCGCCCCGAAUGAUGUUUAAUCUGUGAUAUGUCCCGCUCAUGGCUCUGGCGUCACGACGAGUGUCUAUCCUGCUGUGAUGAACCAUAUUUACGUAGUAUAUCGCCAUUUAAACGCAACUGAAAAGCCAUACCUUAU